UCAUCUGAAGCCGAAAAAAUUGCUCUUCAACAAGCUCGCGAGGCCGUAGCUGCUAAGGAAAUUGCUGCUUCCGAGGCUGAAAAGGCGACUAUUCGAGAAAAUUUCAUGCUCGAAUUAAUGAAUGAAGCCAGUGCAGAUAUGUCGGGUGCCUUUACUGAUGCUGCUGCCGAGGAAGAAAGGGUGAAUGCUAGGACAACCCUCCUUGUUAAUCUCUCCUUGGACCAUGGUUCUUUGUUUUGGGCUACCCCGGAAAGGACCCGCCAAAUUGUCAGAUUUCAAGAUCGCGCCUCUCAAACUCGCGAUUUCCUCGACUUCUGUACCAAGACCUUGUCCAUGGUUUACAACUCCAUGUUUCCUCGCAACGUCCAACCAAAAACUCUUCCUGAAUUGAUGGAAAGGUUCAAGGAUGCUCGCAGUAUCCAUGAUUUUGUCAAAGCUCAACUAGUAGCUGGCGCCAGAUUUGCUCUUAUCAUGCUCCAAAUCUGCCACUCGAAGCUUGACCUUACCCAGGUUGUCGAGAAGGUUCACCAAAAAGUAAAACGGCGGAGAGUUGGUGUUGACAGGAUUAACACGAAGGUUACGCCUAUAGCCGAAGAAAUGAUUGAGGACCUACUUCGGAUGGAUAUGGAGCCCGUGAACACGAUGUUUUACCAGCUCGGGAAUGGGUGA